UGUACAUGAUUGUACAAUAUUACAUCAUUGGUAACCACAUUGGUACAACAUAUUGGUAUCAUAGUCUUAAAAGAUAGACAAAUUACUAAGCCAGAGAUGUAUCAACCUCAACCAGGACAUAUAUGUGUGCUGUGGAUAAUUGGAAAGCCUUUAACAGAGUCGAUUGGUUACAUUUCCUGGAGAUCCUUCAGAGCGUGGGUGUGGAUUGGCGUGAUGGAAGGUUGAUUGCAGCACUAUAAGAAACAGACUGCGACAGUCAGGCUGAAAGAUAGUAUGACAGAUCCUGCUGUGAUCAGACGUGGAACCAGACAGGGGUGUUGUUUAUCACCCUUGUUGUUUAAUGUCUAUGCUGAAGCUUUGCUGGGAGAUGCCUUUGGUCAGGUGGAGGAAGGCAUUCAUGUGGGAGGACAUCUCAUCAAGCCUGUGAGAUACACGGGUGACCAGGCCACAGGCUCUGUUAACGCUUUACAACUCAUGAUGACCAGGAUGCAUGAAGCGGCAGAAGAGUACGGCACCAAGAUACAUGAAACAGUGACAACUGCGGAGACUGCUUCCUGCACUGCCGCGGGUGCUGACAAUGCCACCUACAGUGGCUCUGAUAGUGAUGAGCCUGAUGAAAAUGAUGCUGAUUGGAGACUAAUCGACCAUCAUGUCACCUUGUCAUCUGAUUCAGAAAAUGAGAGUGAUAGUGACUGCUUUGAAGAUAUUUUGAGGUCUGGAUUAUUUUAUCUUCAGAAUAGCUUCUGCUAUUGGCCAAAGCCAAAUCCUACCCACUCCAGAAUCCGGAGAGCUGAGAUUCCUGACAAAGAAGUCUGGGAUAGGCUGCCAAUUCGGGUUUUCAGGAAAACAUUGACUGAAGACUUUGACAAGGCCCUUCAAUAUGAAAAACAAGCUGAAAUGUUUUCGAGCCCAGAGGGAGAAGAAAUGUCAACCAAAUGGAGCCACAUCACCCCUGAACGUUAUAGAAACGAUGAGGAAGAUGUGUUUGAUGCUGACGGCGAAGAGGAAAUUCGGCCAAAAAAGAAGUGCAGAAAAGAGAAAUUACAGAUCCUCAUCCAGGCACCCCCACUGCCAGUGCUCCCACCAUUGAACUUUCCAAACUCCAGCGAGUACCAGACCACUUCAGCCAGUACCAGCCAAUACUGCACCACUCCAAGGCAUCCAGGCCGACCUCACAGCCCAGCGAGAAGCAGCACUUACAGGCUCAGUCCAGACAGGAAUCAUGCAUCCAGCUCAUGCCAGUACCAAACCACUCCAGCCAGUACGAGUCAGUACCAGACCACUCCAAGAAGCAGCAGGAAUGCCCUUGAAAGUGAACUUUUCCAGUUAAACAUGAAAGUUCAAAAAAUAGUUGAGAACCAGGGAGAAAUUAUGCGCAUGCUGAGAGGGCUGGCAGCACAGUCUGUGGGGCCAGAAGCUGUGGAUGUUCAAGAUCUCAUUGAGAAGCCUUUCGAGACUCUUGAGCAGCUUAAGACCUUCUGUGAACAGCUCGACACUGAUCUUCUGCUCAGAAAGCAGCUGGUGAAAGCUCUUACUGCUCUUGGUGGGCAGAAUUUGGCAGACACGGUGAGGACAAUGCUGAGGAAAAUUGCCACAAACAAAGUCCUGGAGCAGCUUGGUCUCCGUGGAAAGACAGGCAAAGUGGCGUUUGAGGACUUGCCCUUUUACAGAAUAAUAAUAAAGGCAUGCAGGGGUGUUUACAAACAGACGACCACAGCUGAAGUAGAUUGUGAGCUUGGAGAGGUCCUGAAACUGGCCACUUUUCGAAAGGGAGGUUCAAAGUUUGAGGAGAAGAGGAGGAAUUAAGAGGAAGCGACGGCGAAGAAGGGCAAAGGGGAGUGUAAAAAGGAAAUGGACAGUGAGAUGAGUGACCGGGUAAAUGAUAAAGAAGCGACGGCGAAGAAGGGCAAAGGGAAGUGUACAAAGAAAAGGGACAGUGAGAUGAGUGACCAGGAAGUGAAGAAGAAGAAAACAGGGAAAGGGAAAAGAACCAAGCAAACGCUAGUGAGACCAGUGAGCAUUGAGCAGGAAGAGAACCAACAAGAAGGGGCAGGAGUACACUGACGCGCACGACCAAGACCACAGCAUUCCAUUUCUAUUCCAUCCAUCCAUCCAUCUUCUUCCGCUUAUCCGAGGUCGGGUCGCGGGGGCAGCAGCCUAAGCAGGGAAGCCCAGACUUCCCUCUCCCCAGCCACUUCGUCCAGCUCUUCCUGUGGGACCCCGAGGCGUUCCCAGGCCAGCCGGGAGACAUAGUCUUCCCAACGUGUCCUGGGUCUUCCCCGCGGCCUCCUACCGGUCGGACGUGCCCUAAACACCUCCCUAGGGAGGCGUUCGGGUGGCAUCCUGACCAGAUGCCCGAACCACCUCAUCUGGCUCCUCUCCAUGUGGAGGAGCAGCGGCUUUACUUUGAGCUCCUCCCGGAUGGCAGAACAUCCAUUUCUAUUGUAUUAUAAUUAUCACUAAUAAAGAAUUAUUGUUUAAUUUUCUGUUUUGAG